GCAGCCCCCGGCCGGGCUUGGGGUUCGUCCCUUGGACGCGGGGGCCGAGGGCGAGCAAGGGAUUGCGGCCGUUGGGAUUGCGGCCGCUUUACUGCGCGCUGUGGGACAGGGCUUUCCCCGGUGAGGCCGAGGCCCUUCAGGGACGCCCAGGCUGCUGGACGCGGCUGUGCUGGGGCUGCGYUGCCUUCCCGGGCGCUUUUUGUUGCCCACGGCGUUUGGUCCCCUUAGUUUAAAAAAUUAGAUAUGAAAAGGAAUAAAAAGAUGUGCCAUAUAACCUGGUUAAAAAGGAAUUCGCAGCAGCAUCUGAAAGRCUGAUGGUGGCUGUUGCUGUCAUUGAGGGCUGCAGUGAGUCUCCUUGCUUUGCUUGUGCAGGUGGCGCCUGGGGCAGAGCUCCCCCAGGGAAGCAGCAGCUCCCGGGACAGGAGGCGCCGCGAUGGCCGUGCCCAUCGCCGUCCUCGACUGCGACCUGCUGCUCUACGGCCGCGGGCACCGCACGCUCGAUCGCUUCAAGCUGGAGGACGUCACCGACGAGUAYCUGGUGGCCACGUACGGCUUUCCCCGGCAGUUCAUCUACUACCUGGUGGAUCUCCUGGGGGCCAGCCUGUCUCGCCCUACGCAGCGCUCCAGGGCCAUCAGUCCGGAGACACAGAUCCUGGCUGCCUUAGGCUUCUAUACCUCCGGCUCCUUCCAGACCCGCAUGGGCGAUGCCAUUGGCAUUAGCCAGGCCUCCAUGAGCCGCUGCGUCACCAACGUCACCGAGGCGUUGGUGGARAGAGCCCCCCAGUUCAUCCACUUUCCCGAGGAUGAAGCUGCAGUGCAGAGCCUGAAGGACGACUUCUACGGRCUGGCCGGCAUGCCGGGAGUGCUAGGGGUGGUCGACUGCACCCACGUGGCCAUCAAAGCACCGAACGCGGAGGACCUGUCCUAUGUGAACCGAAAGGGUCUCCAUUCUCUGAACUGCCUGAUGGUGUGUGAUGCCAGAGGAGUGCUGCUGAGUGCAGAAACACACUGGCCGGGCAGCYUGCCUGACUGCACCGUGUUACAGCAGGCAGCCCUCACAAGCCAGUUUGAAAGUGAGCUGCAUAAAGAUGGCUGGCUACUUGGUGACAGCUCCUUCUUCCUCCAGACCUGGUUGAUGACCCCUCUGCAUAUCCCCGAGACCCCUGCGGAGUAUCGGUACAACAUGGCUCACUCUGCCACCCACAACGUCAUUGAGCGGACGUUCAGGACCAUUCGCUCGCGCUUCCGCUGCCUGGACGGGUCCAAAGGCACUCUGCAAUAUUCUCCAGAGAAAUCCAGCCACAUCAUUCUCGCCUGCUGUGUGCUUCAUAACAUCUCCCUGGAGCAUGGGCUGGACGUGUGGUCUUCUCCAGCCACAGGACACUUGGAGCAACCCGAAGAAGACUACGAGCAAAUGGAAUCAAUGGACUCGGAAGCCUGCCGGAUACGCCAGGAGCUUUUGCUUACUCAUUUUAGCUGAGUUUGUGACAGUUUCUAAAGGCUGAUCUGAGAAGGUGAUGUGAGAAGAAUACAGGGCAAAUAUGUCCCUCCUCUGUAAGUUCAUAAAGGUGGAGCAGUUGGGAGACAGGAAGAAAUUUUAGUGACUUCGUCUCGGGGAGCUAUUCUGAACUUUUGUUGAUCUGUUUGUAAAUGCCAUAUCUAGUUGUUAAUAUUUUACUGUUGUGAUGAACGUGGAAUCCCCUAUUACAGAGAACAAUGUGAGAGUAGAGCAGAAACUUGGCAAAUGGUCUUUGAUAAGAAAGAAAGAUCUAUAAGGUUUGAGCUAUUUUACAAAGCACAGUUCUAUGCCACUUUAUAAGCUAAACAUUUAUUUUUAAACAUUUCACCAAAAUUAAACUGCCUUUUGGGCUCCAGUCCACUCUGAAUUUGUAAACAGCGACAUAYAAAAACACACUGCUCAUUUGGCUUGCAGACACAAGUUCUUCCUAAAUUCCGUCAGUGAUCUUGCAUACCUCCCAAAACACAGGGAUUCCUGGGAAUGCUGUUGCUUGUGUUCUGGGAGGAGUUGGGCUUUUCCUGUAUAUUCACAUUACUAUAUGCAGAUACCUAAAAGGUAAAAAGGGCUAACUGUUUCUUGUUUCCCAAGCUUGAGAAGAUGUUUAGCCUCGUUGGCACAGCCUAUGGUUGGCUGUGUCUGUUCCUUAAUGUAUAUCAGGAAACAGGCUAAUAAAUUUACGUCUAGUUCUCACUAGAUGUCUACCACAACAGAAACUGUCCUUAACUAUUCAUCUUAU